CUUUUUAUUAAAUAUAUAUAAAAAAUAUGUGUAUAAGUUACAAUGUCAUGUGUAAAGCUGAAAUCAUAUACGGUGAGUUACAUCGAGUUCUGAUUCGGUAUGUCGAUAGAAAACGUUUAAAUGCUAGAGCAUACUCUCUCCGUUUCCACCCUUAUUGUAUACAAUAACUCCCGUUCGCUUUCCCAGAAAAGAAAAAGUUUUCCCGCGACAACCAUCGCGGAGUUUACCUUGGUAAAUCAGUACGUUUUCGUCAUGUGAGAGAGGACUAACAUCGAGCGAGUGACUCAUUCAAACAGGAACAAUUUGUUUGAAAUAUUUCCCUUACUUUGGACCAUGUCAGAAUUAGUAUUUAUACCCUCAUUGUUCGUGUGUGUAUCCCUUAUUUAAACAUGCAUUAACGACACAUAUAAUUCAUGGAAGUUCUAACGACAGUAUCACGAACGUAUCUGCGAUUCACCUAUGAUUUUCUUGGUAACUAUAUAACCCUAUCCACAUACGUAUAUACACAUGUACAAAUUUAUAUUGCUGUUUUGCAAACUUAACCGAUUACACUCCACAUACAAAUUGCUUUAACGAGUCGUGCCACAACGAUUCACUCCCAUGACACGAAGAUUCGCGACGAACGUUGGCUAACUCUUGGCUUUUCUUUUUUAUAAUAAAUAUAGUCAUUUGGCGAUACCAAAUGUAACGAUGUCCAGUGCCAUUUGACACGUGGUACAAAUUUCACACAUAUCGGAUUACAGGCGUAAGUAUGUGCAAUUCAGUUUUUCUUUUUUUCACUUACACUAGAGGAUUCUUUAAACGCGUUAAAUUCGUUAAAUAAUUCAUGUCCGUGAGGAAGCGCGUAGAGCUGCGUCGUGUGUACACAUAUAUUACGUUUAGUAUUAAAUUGGACAGAUAUUGCAGUCUUGUUUGUAGCGAUUUGCUAUGAAAUGUAUACUGUCGUUUCUCUCUCUCUCUCUCUCUCAUAAAUGCAAAGCAACUUCUUUCGUACAAAUAGCAAACGUAAACUCUUUAUACAAAUUGAUCGUUUUACCCGCAAUUCGAUAUUGCAAAUCUUAUACUACAAACUGUACACAAUUUGAUUAACUGCAGCCUUUAUAUACAGACCUAAUUUAUUUGUGUGCUUUCUUUCAUUAUUUUUGUAUUUACCGUGGGUCACGCGAGUAUUCGAAAGCUUGCAAUCGAAACGUUUCAAUUAACAAAAUGUAUCAAUUGUAAACGUGAUAAUAAUUUACUGUAAACAAAAAUUUUGUUGAUAUAAUUCUGAUGAUAGCGUGAUUGAUAUAUCUCGUUUAUUAAAGUAUUUCGUUGCACUUUUCGAAUACUAUCGCGAUCAACUGUAUAUUACAACGUGCGUGUUACACUAUAUACAAUUGAAACUUAACUUAUACGUGUAAAUGGCAGCUUUACAAGUCAUGUAUAAAACUCUAUACACACAUAAUGCAUUCUGGCAUUGCACGUGAAUAAAUUCGACGCAGACGUCUUUACGUUACCCUGAAUGGAUUAUUUGUAACCCAUGCUAUUCUCACUGCGUACAAUGUUUACCGUCAACCAACGCCAGUUGUACCACCAGAUGUAAACAGUAAGGGAAAACAGUCGCUUUCAAGCUCGCGAAGAGCUCGAACGUUCUUCGAACGACCGUACGUCUUUAAUUAACUAUUAUUUUGCAACAAAGUAUCUGAAUCCAUGAUCGCUACACAACUGCACGUGUACUGCUUGUGACGAUAUAUGUACGUACAUAUGUUUCUUUAGUACUUUUAAGAUACAUUGUGCAUAUUAUUGAUUAUAUCAGAAAUGUCGACCAUUUCGAUAAAUACGCUAAAAGAUUCCACUCGGGAAUGUAACACGACGACGAGUCAAAUUGAAGUUUACGUAUUAUAAGAUAUGAUAUAAGUCUUUUGGGAUGUAGCUUCUCUUUCUUUUCCUUUCUAAGCUUUUCUUCACUCGUUACACCGUUUCUUAUAACAAAAUAUUCUGAGUCGUUACACUAGCGAAAUGUAAAUAUUGCUGUUACAAAUGUAUCCAUUCAGAAAAGUCUAUAAAAGUGAGAAUACGUCUAAAAAUGACGAUCUUAAAUAAUUCGAUCUACUCUAGUUUUGUGUUCUUGAAAAUAUGCCAUCGAAGAAAUAGAAACCGAUCAACUAAUAAUGGAAAAUACGUUGCUACGUUAAAUAGGAAAAUAUUGCUCAGGAAUCAUUUCGAGUGAAAUUUUUCGUAUGUUUCGCUAAACGCGAGCACCGCGUGGAGCGGUCCGUUAUUAAAAUAAUUUUUAUGCGUGUAUGCGACAAGCUUGGAAAUUCGAUGAGAUCAAUGACGAUUUGUCAAAUGUACACAAGUAACAAAAAUAGCCUUUACAGCAACUGUUUACUUUUAUAGAUAUCGGAACAUUGGCAUGAGUAGAACUCCAAAAGAAGAGGAAAUUUCAUGGCUACGCGAUCUCUGUUGACGUAAAAAUGAAAAUGCCUGCCAUCAAGAGGGAAGCAGAGAAGGUGCCGGAAGAGCUGCCGACGGAGAACAUCAUCGAGUCGACGAUAAACACCUUACUGGUCACAGACAUGGAAGUAAAAGAAGGGACAGAUUCGGAGGUGGUCACCGAAAGUGCAGGGAAAACCUUCGAAACCAAAAUGGAGGACCUCGGGAAGGAACUCGCGGAAGAAAUGGGAAUACCUACAUGGGGCCUCGUUACGAUUCUAAUAGCCGUAGGCGUAGUAGUUCUCGGAAUCUGCUUCUGCUGCAUAAGAAGAUGCUGUCGCAAAAGACGUUCCAAGGACGGGAAGAAGGGGUUGAAGGGCGCGGUGGACCUCAAGUCCGUGCAGCUACUGGGCAGCACGUACAAGGACAAGGUUCAGCCUGAUAUGGAAGAGCUGACGGACAACGCCGAGGAACCAGACGAAGCGGAGAGCAAGCAGAGCGAGGUGAAACUCGGCAAGCUUCAGUACAAGCUGGAAUACGACUUCAACACGAACAGCCUGGCGGUGACAGUGAUACAAGCGGAAGAACUGCCAGCCCUGGAUAUGGGUGGCACGUCCGAUCCCUACGUGAAGGUCUACCUGCUGCCCGACAAAAAGAAGAAGUUCGAAACAAAAGUGCACAGGAAAACGCUCAAUCCCGCCUUCAACGAGACUUUCACGUUCAAGAACGUUCCAUACGCGGACGCCAUGAACAAGACGCUCGUCUUCGCCAUCUUCGACUUCGACAGAUUCUCGAAACACGAUCAAAUCGGCGAGGUGAAGGUGCCUCUGUGCCAAGUAGAUUUGGCCCAGACGAUCGAGGAGUGGAGGGAGCUGCAGAGCGUCGAAGGCGAGGGUGGCCAGGACAACAAAUUAGGCGACAUUUGCUUCUCGCUCCGCUACGUGCCCACGGCUGGUAAAUUGACUGUGGUGAUCCUGGAGGCGAAGAACCUGAAGAAGAUGGACGUCGGCGGCCUGUCGGAUCCGUACGUCAAGAUCGCUCUGAUGCAGAACGGAAAGAGGUUGAAGAAGAAGAAAACGUCCAUCAAGAAGUGCACUCUUAAUCCGUAUUACAACGAAUCGUUCACGUUUGAGGUACCCUUCGAGCAGAUACAGAAAGUGCAAUUGGUUGUCACGGUAGUCGACUACGAUCGUAUCGGCACCUCAGAACCCAUUGGGAAGGUCGUCUUGGGGUACAACGCGAGUGGAACAGAACUGAGACACUGGUCCGACAUGUUGGCAUCCCCGAGACGUCCUAUUGCUCAAUGGCACACGCUUAAGGACCCCGAGGACGGCGACAAGAAGGACUAAAGAGGGUUGUUCGGUAUGUCCAAUGUUAAGGUAAUGCACACCAAAGGUUCUAAGCAUAUACGACAAAUGUACAGAAGCGGUUACUUUCGUUUCGUUCGGUUACGUUCGCUUUCGCCCUACCCCUCCACUCGACAAACUAUAUAUAUUUUCCAACGAUAUCCGUGGACGAUGCACCGUAAACGAAGCAGGAUUUUCUCUGGACAAAAGAAAGGAGCGAAAGAGGUGGACGAACAAAAAAAACAAACAAACAAACAAGAAAGGAUUAAGAAAUACAAAGGAAAACAGAAAAAAAAAACGGAAGCAACGAUCUCCCCACGGGUGAAAACCGAUCGUUUAUUCACAGGAAUAAUCGUGCAUGAAAACAAGAGAAACAGUGAGCAAGUGCGAGAGAGCGAGAGCGAGAGAGAAAGAGAGAGAGCGAGAGAGAGAGAGAGCGAGAGUGUGCGAGAAAGAGCGAGUAAAUAUGAAAAGAGAAAAGAAAAUAAAUACUUAGUAGAUAUUAAUAAUCUAUUAUUAACUAAAUAACAAUAAAAUACCACCAAGAAGAUUUUAGUAUUAACAAACAUGUUCUCGUGGAGUGUAGCGUCUUGUAUAUACGUAUAUCUACUAUACUUCUCCCUGUAGAUGUAACAUUGAAUGAAACUUCAACCGAGAAGCGUCCUCUUCGAGGUAUCUCGAUGAAGGCAUUGAAUAUUUGCAAAACAAAAAAAAAAUAGAAAAUGAAGAAAAAUAAACACGUGUUUCGACUUCCAAAUACGAUUAAUCUGGACAGAAGCUCCGGUAGCAUGUUUCCUUUUGUCGUUUAAUCGGAAACACGUUUGAUAAGGUGUUUAUAAGGAAUACUAACGCUAUUGAUCUUAUUAGAAGUUAUAUAUUUAUACAUAUGCAUAUACUAUAUAUUUUAUGUAUAUAGUAUAUAAAACAUAUAUAGAUAUAUAAUGUAUACGAUUGUAGAUUGUGUCUUGAAUUGCGUGGGUAGUUGUGUAAUUUUUUUCGGGAAUACGUUUAGCGACAUUUGUACAGAUUGAUAUAGUCGUGUUCGUGCAAAGAUGAUAUAAUUAAUUAUAGCGACGGCGAGUACAUUGUAAACGGUGCACGUAAUGGUUACGAAGCGAAGACGUUCGUUGUCGUUUAAUUGCGGAAAUUACCUAGCCCAAUGCUCCUCAAACUGUGAGCACUAUCGGAAAUAACAAAAAUGCUUCUCGCGAUACUUUAUUCCAACCAAACGAACGUCCAUUAACGAAUUUUCAGUUGUCUCCUAACAGAAACAUCAAGGACACUGAAAACCUAAAUCCUCGAAAGCUUGAAACCUAAAGAUUCUAUUAAUUAGCUCGUUCACCAUGAGAUUUCAUCGAUAUACUUUAUUAAAAAAACAAAAUAUACGAAUCUGUUACAAAAGCCACAUUCGUGUGCAUUACUUUAAACGACAGUUCAAAUGAAAAAAAAAAUAUGAAACUGUAUCGCGCUUUCUAGAAGACACAUUAUUUAUUUUUAAAAUCAGUACCAAGAAAACAAUUCGAAUCCACUCUAGGUUUGAGGGACAGUGAUCUAGCCGACGAUUUCUAUUAUUUGUUUCACGCGACUAAAACGAGCUUUCCCGCUUCCUUUUUCACGUUCAAUCGAAGUAACGACAUUUUUAUUUCCUGUGCAAAGAGGCAAUGCUUUUGAUCGCGAUAUCUUCGUACAGUAACGACUUUAGACUAUGCGCUACCUGUACAGGGAACUUCGUUGACCGAAACGAGCGAAAAGCGCGGAAACCUCGGAACCCCUAUCCGCGUGAAACGGUAAACAAAUGAAACGUUCCUCUGCGGUUUCACUCACAAACCUCCACGGAGGUUUUUGUUAUAACAGCAUCCCUCGAUUAUAAUGUUUUUUACUAGUAUCACUUCGUAGUCUACUCGUCUUGUCGGUGAAACUGUUAUAAUCGACGGAUACGCGUACGGUGGUUCGUUCGUGAAUGAAGCUCCAAGACGACGGAGCAUGUAGCACGUUUCGAUCGGCGAGUUCUCGUGAUCGAAGACAGAGAUUCUUUGACGAAAUCGGACACCGUCGUUCGAUUUUUCCAAACUCCGUGUUUUCGUCGAAACACUAUACAUACGCGUGUACGUGCAACUGUAAACAUAUUCGUAUAUAUACAAUAUAUGUAUUAUAUAUAUAUAUAUUUACCACGUGUUAUAUAUGCAGAUACUGUUAUUGUUUUUAAAAGGAAAAAAAAGACGUAACGGGCCUACCGAUUGUAUAACUUGCGUUAUCGUUUCGUUGAUCUAUUUCUUGAAACAUGGACAUAAAGAAGGAAAAUACGGAGUAACGACACGGGUGAUUCUCUAUGUAUCUCUGAGAAUUGAAGAUUCGACGUGAAAACGCUAUAUAUAUUAAAUCAAUUACGAACGUCCCGAGAUCUACAAGGCAUUAUAUAUAUGUAUACAUAUAUUAUAUACUAUAUAUGUAUCCUUCGAGAAAUGAUUAAAGAAAAAAAAAAAUCGAUUGUUAGAGAAACUGACUUUAUACAGUAUUAACUGAGUUUGACUGCUGUAAAAAAAAAAAAAAAAACUUCAUAUAUUUUAUUGCAUCGUUGACCUUGAAGCUUCGAAUUCGACUGAAAGAGACAAAAGAAAACGGGUCGAUUGGUACAAUAAAAGUAGCGUUUUUUGCGUGAUACGUGUUCUAAGCUAAGAAAUAAAAGCACGUUAUUAGAAGUCCCAUCAACACCCUCCCAGCCCCUUCUUUAACCCUAAAGAGAACUUCCUUCGACGCCACCGAUCACCGUUUCCGGUCAGUCCAAGUCGACAAGCUAACCAGACAGUUCGUCGCUAAAGAACCCAUGUAAACGGGUCGUUAACGCUUCUUCGAGUUCUCAUUGCCCAACCCUCGCCCUACUCGUCGCCGAACAACGCAUAGAGACUUUGUAAAUAUAUCACGUCGUGAAUAUUUCGGAGACUCCGGUUCUUGAUGACUGCAUGUAUACAUAUGUCCAUUCGAACUUCAUCGUAAGCACUAGGACUAUUAAUUCUCAUUCGGUUCGAUCUUUCUCUACUUGGUUUGCCCCCCUACCCUGCGUAGCACGCGUGCACAGUGGCGCGUUGUCCUGAUCUGUCAAGAAUCCUCAGCAUCUUUCAAAAUUGAAUAUCCCAGCAAAAUAAAAAUCUCAUUUCACCUACUUUUCGACCAAUUCAAAUAAAUACGUAUUCAAAAAGGUUCCCUAAUUUUUGCACAACCUCCCCUAAGAUCCACCCCAUUUUCGGGUCCCAUAAAUGCGCCACUGCGUGUGCACUACGCGAUCCAGUUAAAAAAAAAAAAAAAUUGCACGCGAUCGAGUUGUAAUAAUCAUGUAACGAUAUCACUACUGAUAACAGGAUUAGUAAUAACGUUAAUUACACGUAAACAGUAAACGUAUCGUGGAAGAGUGUCAGAUGUAUUCAAGAGUUUGGUGAUGUGCUUAUGAUUUCUAGCUUCUUAUCGUAGUGACGAUCAUGCGCGUUCGAGUUCUGAUACGAGCCGUGUAAGAUAAGAAAAGAAAAUACGAUGAUGGAUGUUAAUCUAAAAGGGUAUCCUAGACGAAGGACACGGAUCCUUUCCUUGCAUAUUUCCCAGAAUCUCGAAGCUAAUCCAGUGAUAUAUUCGCCUGUAUAUCUGUUACCAUUGUACGAACUACGCUACAAAGACCCGAAUAUCGAUUGUUACCGAUUACCUCUAACAUAAGCAUAAGCAAGUGAUGCUCGAAGCACAGAGGCGACGACCGUUUCCGCUUGUGACGAUCGAUCGUCGAUCGCGCUUCGAGGAGCACGUGCUUACCCAAACAAACAAAAGUAACGUGCACCAUCGAUGCUAUCGAAUAAAAUACUUUUCUCGAUUCAGUUGACUCCGUGUUGUAUUUAAAAGAAGAAAAGAAAAAGUAAUAGAAAAUCUUUUGGUUAGAAAUGUACAUAAAUUCGUAAUUAAGGGACUCGUCUACGUUCGCUCUAAUUUUCGUUUUGCCGCAUGCAUAUUCGCGUAAGUUACUAAUUCCCAUCGAAUACAUAUUCGUUACCUCAACGGUGUGACGUUAAUUUAAGCUUACAGUAACGUUCGUUACAUUAAAAUUAACCUAAACGUAGCAUUAAUUUUAUACCGCGGGGAAACGAAACGGUGAUCAAGAUGAUCGCUGAUUUGUCUCUAUUUUCAUUUCGUACCGCUUUAUCGAGCCCUCGAUAAAGGGGAAUCGUUCCAAGACUCCAUGCGAGAACACGAUCGCCGAUCAGAGUAUCUAGUCCGGGAAAAAAGUACGUUAAGUCACCUGAGAUAACAACGCAUGGUACGACUUUGCCGACGGUGCUAAUAAAUAUUCACGAAUUAUGCACGCUUGCACCGAACCGGAGAUUGACAAAAUUCCUGAUCAGACAACAAUUUCGAGUGACGAAUAAGAAACGAGCUCAACGAAAACUUCAAUUUUUCUCAAAAAAUUUUGCCGAUCUCUGCGCUGAACUUUACAUAGCUUGGAAACUCCACUCGAUAUCUAUCCGAUACGUUGAACGUGUAUAUCGAAUAUCGUUCCAAGCUUUCGUUACUAUUGUUUUCUUUGAAUACAAAUUUCGAGACAUUCCAUGCUUACGCGCAUGACGUAGACCGUGCAUUUAAUAGUUGAAACUUGCGAAACGCUGCAGGUAAUUACGGACUGCACCGCCGAUAAUACGAUAUGAUUCGCCGCUGACAAGCGUUUCGGUCGGCAAAGUGGUACACAGAUUUCACACGUGCAGUUUAGGAAAGCAGUCGUUAGUAUACAUUAAAAUCGAAUCAUCGCAAGUAAGAUAGGAAGCGUAGAGUAGAGGUGUGUAAGCGUAGGCACGUAGAGAAGCGCAGAUCCUUAGAUAUGUCAUUCCAAGUUCCAGUUUUCUUAUCGCCCAUGGAAGGCGCUUAAAAUACACGAUCACCGUACUUAACCAGAUUUGGUUCUAUCAUUUUUUCAGGACCAAUUAUCAUAAACGAUUAUAUCGGUAGCAUGUUUCGAGUCGUGUUAUUAUGCAGCAUUGUACUUAAAACUUUAACGAGAAAUAAAGAGGGGUUAACUGUUGAAAAAGCGUUGCGACGCCCGACAUCGAUCGAGACGCCACGACGACGGGUCGCUUGCACGCGUUGAAAAAUAUAAUAUGAACUGUUCCUUCUUCGGUCUAAUUUUAUCUGGAAACCAUUUCGAAAUAAAAGUAACAAUCGUAAACGAAAUCAAUUGAGAGAUCAAAGAGAUCAAAGAGAUCAAAGUUUGCGAGGAAAAUAACCAAGACUAGGAAAAUGAAAGUAACGCCUCCAAUUGGUAAAUUAGAAAAAAAAAUUAACACCUACGCGUUAUCUUGCAUACGUACUACGGUAAAAUGUUUCACGAUUUCUAAAUUUUAGUAACUUGAAUAGUUUAGAAAAUGUUGAGGUUACAAAUUCUAGGACACGACGAUACUUUUCAACUUGAUUUUCUUUCGAUGUUAGCCACGUUUUGUAUUUUCCUAACGAACAGUGUACGAUUGAAAGAGCGGUAGUAAAGAGUUUAAACCUAGAAAUGUGACUGACAAUGGAACUACAUACUCUUCGCCAUUUUCAGAUAAAAUUAUCGCCCGCUCAUCCACUUCAUGAUCGCAUCGUGUAGAGUUCUCAUUCGUGCAAAACGAUAAUACAACCGAGUAACCGUCUACAACCAGAUUGCCUCGAAAUAUUCUCAAAAAUUCUCCGUCGGUUCGCCAUAAUGACGCGAGAGAUCGCGAAUGGCACAAUCGGGGAGCGCGCACGCGAACGGCAACAAGCCCGCUUGUAAAUAUGCGCGGGCGGAUGUAACGUACUGUUUUAUGACUAUUAUCGGCGCUACCUGUGUCCACGUAACGUCUAAAUAGUGCCUUUCAUUGCUUUCCAACUUGAUUUCCACGUUUGAACGCCACUGGCGUAUGACAAUCGAUCGAUGUCGCCGUUCGCGACGUGACGUUAAGGAUCAGAGUUGAGCAAACUUUAUUUCGAAUAACGAGUAAAACGGAAGGAUUUAUUCGUGGAUUUAUUCGUGGAUACGGGGAUAAAUGUUUAUUCGGUAUCAGGAAGUACUCGAACGAUAUUUGACUCGUAAGCGAUGUUCGAAUAAAUGUUUAUUCCGAUAAGAGUUUAUUCGUUAUUCGCGUGAAGAGAGAACUUAUCACCGAUGGCACGAUUAUCGAUCAUUACCAUUUACCAUAAGCAGUGCGAGUACUACUCAAGUAAACGGGUCGAUCGUCGUCGAUGAGAAAAUAAUAAUAAUAAUGGUAAAUAUUAUUAAUAUUACUACUGAUAACGAUAAUUAAAGAAACAAAACAAAAAACGCAACGCGUAGUGGUUUAGUUGAGUAGAUCGUAUACACGGUGAUAUACGAAAUGCGGCGGAGUAACUUAUUCGAAUCAAUAGGUGGCAAUCGAUCCGAGCAGGCUCACGAAUGUGUGCUUACGUUUUGGCCUGAACGUAUAGAAUCGAACAGUGUUGAAAGUGAUCGUUCGAGAAACUUCAUUUUCGGAUUCGACGGUGACGUUUUUCUGUUUACUACGUAUUCAGUGUUAUUUCAACCUAACCCUUCGACGACGAAGUUACCAUUUCAUUCGAUAGUGUCUUAACCUAUCCUGUACUAUAAUACGCGUGUUCCGAAUCCAGCGUCUUUCUCUUUGAUGAAAAACUACAAAUACGCCAGAAAAUAAAUUUUCAAUUAUCGAUGUAACGAAAUGUAUAAUUCGUGUGUUUAACUUGUCGCGUGCAAUGUAAAUCAACAUUAUUCAACAUUGGGAUUAUGUGUCUGUUGAAAUUACGAAAUACCAAAUUACCAUACCAAAAAAAAAAAAAAUGUUCAAUAAAUACGAAUCCUAGAAAUUCGACUUCGCUUAAAAUCAUGUCGCUAUAGUUAUAGCUAUUAGUUCUAUAAAACAACGAUAAUUAAAACGUGCAGAGCACUGAUUUCGUUGUCGAGGGUUUGAGAAACCAGUUUUAAUUUCAAUGCUACGAAUCGAAGGCUUGAUCUAUGAAAACAAUAACACGAAAGAAAUUCAGCACUGUGCAUACCGAUCGGAGCACGCUCGAAAGCAUUUGGCGAAGUUGGAAGCGAAUCUACGGCGAAAUGCGAGCAUCCAAUACGUGCCUAAGAUCUCGAUGCCUGUGAUUUUUUACGAAGCGUAUAACUGCUCAUAGCUAUCGUGGAGCGGUAAAAAAUUUCCGAAUGAUAAUUGAUUUUGUUACCAAUCAGUUUCAGCGUUUCGAAUUUUACCGGUAUAAAGGAGUACGCCUUUCAGCUGUGUCGAUAAUAAUUCCUAAACCUGUAGCACUUUCUGUAAGACGAUAAAGUAGGAUAUGAACUACGUCUACCACGUGACUAAAAUUUCAUUGGCUAGCUACUUUUAUUAUUGGUCUGUCUGGAAAGUCCAUGCCGAUUUUUGGUAGGCGGUACAGGUCUGAAUACAUCGGAAUGGCUGAAAACAUAUAAUAUGUGUACAUUCCUUAACAAGUGGAAAGGUUAUGGAACAAAAUGGUACAUAUAUAAUUCAAUAAAUAUAAAUCAAAAUUCAAAUAUGCCUUUGAAUUUUUCUUAAAAAUAGGCAUGAACUUUCCGGACAACCCAACAUUUAUGUAUUAUCUCUAUUAAUGUAUAAAAUUGUAAAAUGAUCAUUGUUAUUUCUAUUCAGAAAUAGUAAAUUGCAUAAAUUCUACCAAAAUUAAAUUUCUGAUAUUCAAAUCAAAGAUAUGUAUCGUGAAUUUAUGUAACUUCGAAGAGUAUCUCACUUGAUCGUAUCAACAUGAUCAAGCGAUCAUGUUGCAGUCACGUGGUUAGGCUAGGUCCUCUGGUCGUCCCAUGGAACGCACUAUAGUCCCCCGUCCCGUCUGUCUUGCGUUGUCCCUCGGGCACUUACAAUCACUUGCAACGGCAACGAGUUUGAUUUCGACGACAAAGUUUUCCUAGAAGCAGACAUUAUCGAUCAUCGUUAGCACUCGCGAUCGAACUCACGCACAGUCAAACACCAUACGUUCUUCCCAUCCGUUUACCAACGAUUCCCUUGAAACACGCUACGCCAGUCUUUCGAGCAUGGUCGUUUUUGUUAGCAGUGACCUGGGUCCUUCGAGUCUUUUAAAUUUACCGCGAGAUUAGCGGGCCACUGAUUUCAACAAUAAACGUACCGAUUGUCACGUUAGCGUCAUUCACGGUUUCUACGAAGACGCAGCCGGGUGCGUCGAUCUAAAUUGCCCGUAGCGACGAAGCACGAUGAUGUAAAUAAAGAAGAAGAAGCAGCAGAAGUACGAUGAAUCUUUGUAAAGCCUUAAUUUAGCCUAACAAUAACGUCGAGUUGACACUUUCGGUUCUUGUUUCUCCUCGAGUAGAACGAUGCAACAGCAGAAUAGGAAUAAUUGCGUGUAGAUUAAACGAAUCGUCCACGAUGUCGCGAUGCUCCCCUUCGAUAACGCGAAUCACUACGCUCUCUAACUUUUCCUCACCGUGAUUCGUCACUCAACAAAGAAGAUUCCAUAAUAUCGUUAACAAUGAUCCACUUACCCUUUUGAGACGGUUUUCGAACGUAUCCUCGCGCGCCAGGCCUGUCCACGAACCGAAACGUGCGUCCAAAGACGCUUCUGCCCGUUCUGAACCACAAUGACGUCUUUCUCCUUCGUUUCGGACACAAGAUGGAGAAAGAUGUCCACGUAACAGGUGCCACCUGUGGACAGUCCUGUAAUACACAUAAUUACCAAGCGUGAUGAUUAUAAAUUUCUAUUAUCCGCAGUAGUUUUUAUAUCGCCAUUGCCAAUUGACGUCAACGAACAAUAAUUAUAUUUUCAGAGACAAUUAUCGAAGUAUUAUACCGAUACAUUGAGCGUCUGAUCAUAAAUUCGUCAAGUGGAAAGUUUAGCGCCAAACGACGUGAAAUGGUGUCCAUGAACUUGCCGCGACAAUCGCGACCGAAUGACUAUCUCAGAUAUUAUUCGUUAAAAUCAUUGACAAGGUAGACGUUAUCGAUUAAACUCUUACGAAGAUUCAAAUUUAUCGUGUAAAAUGAGGCACAAUACCGAUGAAACGUACUAUGAACAAAUAUCGAAAGAAUAGUUACCAUGCAGCUUGGCGUUGCUUGACCCUGACUUCGAAUGCCGGUAGUACGAUGUUCUCGUGACGUUGAACACUACUUUUCCAGAGUAAAAUUACUUAUAUACUCUGCGAAAUGGCUUGUUUUAACGAGUUGAGUGAUUUAGAGGGCAUCGAAGUGAAAAGUUCAACAGUGUCGACCAGAAAUUGUCGUCUCUUACGCCAAUUUCGUCAUCCUCCACGCGCCAUAUUGCACUAACGCCACCACGGUAAUGGGGGGGAGGGAACCUUCCGAAAGCUUCGUAGCGUCUGUGGACAGGGCUACUCGGCCCAAUUCGGCCCUAUUCGGGCCAGUUCGGCCGGUAACUUGUGACCAGAAAUGGGCAAAAUUUUAAUCGAAUGAUAAUUACAUGCAACAUACAGCAAAUUAUUCGUCAUUAAAAUGAAUAAUUGAACAUUUAUUUAUUUCUCCAUUCAUUGUGAGAUACAUCAUUCUAUUAUUAUACAGUUACCUGAUUGAAUUAGAAUUUUGCUCAACUCUGGUAGUCGUGCAACAUUGCUCGUUGACGCAUCUCAGUUGGCGCAGAUUUUAAACAUAUAAAAUGAAAAUGAACUCUUCGCGUAGACGUUGCCGUCGCGAAAGGGUCCAAGCAAAGGAAAUAUAUAUAUAUAUGUAUAAAAAAAAAAAAAAACAA